UAAAGUGUGGUUCUUUAGAGAGUCUCUGCUUGCUCUCCAGGGACCAAAGGAGCUAACUGUCAGCCCAGCGAUGAGUACAGCCAAGCGUAGCCCCCACAGUGGCACCCACUACUAGGAGGCACAGCCAGCCAGUGGCCCAUCCUCCAGUUACACCUAACCCCCAGCAUCCACCAUCCAGGCCUCCAUGUUGGUGUCCACCCUGCUUCCUCGUCCUUAACCUCCUACAGCUUUGCGUCCACCCGUUCACAGGACUAAGCUACCCAAGCUGUGACAUGCCAGUAGCCGGUCCUUACGAUGCUCCACUGCUCCCUCCACAGAUGCAGCCUCUACCACCUCCACUCCCAAAGCCUGAGGACUUGUCCCCGUGGGGUGGCUCAGGGAACAGCUCCAGUGCCAGUUCUGCCGGCAGCUUCCCGAAGAAGCCACCGGUUCCCACCAGGCUGCUGAAACCCAAGGGUUGGCCCAGGCGCCGCCCCCCUACCCCCGCUUCACUACUGUGACAUCUGCAAGAUCAGCUGGCCGGUGCCCAGGUCAGCCACCCAUGCCUAAUGCCUCCUCUCCCUUGUCCCCUGUGGCCAGCCAGAGGUCAGGGUUGGAGCCUGCCCAAGAGAGGCCUGUUAUUAAACCUACAACGUCACGUGUGCAUCAGAAGUGCCUUAAGCUUGCCCUACUGGUGUUUGAGUGGCAGAAAUGAGAGCAGCACAGCACUGACUGUUGGCCAUAGAAACCUUGUCUUAAACCCCAAGUGGUGUCAGCCCCUCCGCUCAGAUCCUGAAAGGCGUGAUGCGGUCGGCCUCCUGGCCAAAGGCCUCCUCCGUCAGGGAGACAGGACAGUGCAGCUAAUCCUGCUCUGCUCCCAGAAGCCCACCCAUGCCUGCUGCAGAGGGUCACGGAGCAGCUGCCCCGGCAGCUCCUGGUGAACCCUGGCUUUCUCCAGGCCUGGCACUCCGGCCCAUCUCAGUCAGGAUGCCCACAAGGCGCUGGGCCCCAGGCACCCAAUGCAUCACCAAGUGUGAGCACACGCGCCCGAAGCCCGGAGAGCUGGCCUUCCACAAGGGCGACAUGGUCACCAUCCUGGAGGCUUGUGAGAGCAAGAGCUGGUACCGAGCCAAGCACCACGCCAGCGGGCAGGAGGGGCUGCUGGCGGCCGGUGCGCUGCGGGAGCGUGAGGCCCUCUCAGCGGAUCCCAAGCUCAGCCUCAUGCCGUGGUUCCACGGGAAGAUCUCGGGCCAGGAGGCGGUGCAGCUGCUGCAGCCGCCCGAGGAUGGGCUGUUCUUGGUGCGGGAGUCGGUGCGGCAUCCCGGGGACUACGUGCUGUGCGUGAGCUUCCACCGCGACGUCAUCCACUACCGCGUUCUGCACCGUGAUGGCCACCUGACCAUCGACGAGACCAUCUGCUUUUGCAACCUCAUGGAUAUGGUAGAGCAUUACAGCAAGGACAAGGGGGCCAUCUGCACGAAACUCGUGAAACCCAAGAGGAAGCAGGGGGCUAAAUCGGCGGAGGAAGAGCUGGCCAAGGGUAGGGGCCUGCACCCUCUCUGCCCAUGUUCGCCCUGCCCAUGUUCUGGCUGGUUACUGGACCUGCAGUAUUUGACGUUGGGAGCACAAAUCGGAGAGGGGGAGUUUGGAGCCGUCCUGCAGGGCGAGUACCUGGGCCAGAAGGUGGCCGUGAAGAACAUCAAGUGCGAUGUGACGGCCCAGGCCUUCCUGGAUGAGACAGCAGUCAUGACGAAGAUGCAGCAUAAGAACCUGGUGCGUCUGCUGGGCGUGAUCCUGCACCAGGGACUCUACAUCGUCAUGGAGCACGUGAGCAAGGGCAACCUGGUGAACUUUCUACGAACUCGGGGCCGGGCCCUUGUGAACACCCCCCAGCUCCUGCAGUUUUCCCUGCACGUGGCCGAGGGCAUGGAGUACCUGGAGAGCAAGAAGCUGGUGCAUCGAGACCUUGCUGCCCGCAACAUCCUCAUCUCUGAGGACCUGGUGGCCAAGGUCAGCGACUUUGGCCUGGUCAAGGCUGAGAGGAAGGGGCUGGACUCCAGCCGACUGCCCGUCAAGUGGACAGCGCCUGAGGCACUCAAACAUGGGAAAUUCUCCAGCAAGUCCGAUGUCUGGAGUUUCGGGGUGCUGCUAUGGGAGGUCUUCUCAUAUGGCCGGGCUCCAUACCCCAAGAUGUCGCUGAAGGAGGUGACAGAGGCUGUGGAGAAGGGGUACCGCAUGGAGCCCCCUGAGGGCUGCCCAGGCCCUGUCCACACCCUCAUGAACAGCUGCUGGGAGGCGGAGCCUACCCGCCGGCCAACCUUCCGAAAACUGGCCGAGAAGCUGGCCCGGGAGCUGCGCAGCGCGGGCGCCACUGGCCAUGUUGAAGGACAGGACGCUGAUGGCUCCACCUUGCCCCGCAGCCAAGAGCCUUGACCCUGCCUGGUGGGGCCAUGGCCCCAGAGGACAGAGAGCGGGGGGCUCAGGGUGGGGACACCGGCCGGGCCUCAGGAGGCUUGGGCCAGCAAGCCGCCCACCUGGCUCACAGCACAGAAGCAGGCCCUUUUGGGGGGCUUGGGGCAGCCCCUGGAUACCACAGACCCAGGAGAAGGAUUGGUGCCUCGAUAAAGACUGGUUCCAAGAA